AUGCGGGUGAUGCGGGUGGCGGUGCUGUUGCGGCUGGGUGGCGGUGCGGCUCCUUCCUUCCUCAGCCACUCGUCAUCAGAGACAUCAGCCAAGCCCUUCAUCAUGCCCUGGCCCUGGCCUCGAGAAGUCCAACGCCCCGUACAACACAAGGCUCGACGGCUGCCUUACUGUACAGACUACACAGUGCACGCCUACCAGAGAGAACCCCCAACCAACACCACCAGCCUUCGAUCCAACCUUCCCUUCCCCCCGCCCACCCUCCACAUUCAGUCACAACCACCAAAGCCGUCCCUCAGCCAUUCCCUUGCGCCUACCAUGGCGAGCUGGUUCGGCUCCUCGACCACCAGCGCGCUCGAUGAGCAGAUUGAGCGCGCCACAUCUUCCAGCCUGGAGGACAUGCCUUUGAACCUCGAGAUAUCAGAUGUCAUUCGAUCCAAAACGGUGCAGCCCAAAGAUGCCAUGCGCGCGUUGAAGAAGCGCAUAGGCCACAAGAACCCCAACGUCCAACUAGCCACACUCAAUCUCACAGACACAUGCGUCAAGAAUGGCGGCGCCCAUUUCAUUCAAGAGAUCGCCUCGCGAGAGUUCCUCGAUAACAUGACCUCGUUGCUACGCGCCCCUCCCACAAUCGCCCCGAACCACGACGUCAAAGGCAAGAUGCUCGAGUUGAUCCAGUCAUGGGCCACGGCCGCCGAGGGCCGAAGCAAUCUAGGCUACAUCAAUGAAGUCUACCGUAGCCUCCAACGUGAAGGCUUCAACUUCCCUCCAAAGGAAGACAUAGCUAGUAGCAUGCUGGACAGUAGCGCGCCUCCAGAAUGGAUCGACUCGGACGUGUGCAUGCGCUGUCGGACGCCAUUUACCUUUACAAAUCGGAAGCAUCAUUGUCGCAACUGUGGGAAUGUCUUCUGUGGAGCCUGCUCGAGCAAGACCAUCCCACUACCUCAUCUUGGUAUCAUGGACCCUGUUCGUGUAGAUGAUGGCUGCUACGAGAGGUUGACCGACAGGUCUCGAGGCGUUCCUUUAUCCAGACCGUUUGAUGUGGCAAAGCCUCAAAAGACAUUAUACCAAAGCUCUAUGCAACCCCGAAGUGCACGUGUCGAGGACAGCUUCGACGCCGACCUCAAGCGCGCACUGGAGAUGAGUUUGGAAGAGGUAAAAAAUAGCGCCUCAACUGGUUUUGUCCCGCAAUCACAAUCAAAGUCAGCAAACGGGACAACGAAAAAGGACACUGAAGAAGAAGAAGAUGCUGAUCUCGCCGCGGCUAUUGCGGCCUCGCUUGCAGACAUGGAGGAGCAGAAGAAGAAAUAUGCCGACACAUUCCGACAGCAGACCUCUACCUCGAAUGGAACAGACCCUUUCGUUGCGCCGAAGAAUGACUAUGAGCUGACACCAGUCGAGUCGGAAAACAUCAAUCUCUUCUCCACUCUCGUCGAUCGGUUACAACACCAGCCUCCUGGUACCGUCCUUCGCGAGCCUCAGAUACAAGAACUAUACGAGAGCAUAGGGAAACUGCGACCGAAGCUUGCCCGGAGCUAUGGCGAAACGAUGAGCAAACAUGAAACUCUACUCGAUCUCCAUGCAAAGCUGUCUACCGUUGUACGAUAUUACGAUCGCAUGCUUGAGGAACGAUUGUCAAGUACAUACAAUCAACCCAACGCCAUGUAUGGCCUUCCCGCACCUGCGCAACGCCCAACUUCAAACCUGUACCCCAGCAUCCAAUCAGGCCACGCCGUUAGCACGACGGGUGAAGACUAUUAUUCGAGUACUACCGCUCACGGAAGAGAAUACGCAAGACAGCAGCCCCAAUAUAAUGCUAGUCAUCAGUCAGCAUCUCAACAUUCAUAUCCACAGUACGAUCAGCGAACGCCCUUACCGCCACAGUCCUAUGAUCAGCCUCACGAUCAGCCUCAGCAACCAUACCCAAACCUAUCACACCAACCACAACCACAACAACAACAGUCUAGCACGCCUUACCAUCAAUCUGCGUCACCAGAAUUACAACGUCAAGUCUCAACCCAGCAUUAUAGUUCACAAUCCUCUGCUUAUCCAUCCCAAGCUCCACCUUCAAAUGUAUCGGAUGCCGAAAGCGCAAGCUUUUACUACGGCGAAAAUAAUGCAGCACAGCAAACCCUCCAACGAGCUCAAAGCUAUACCUCUCAGCCCUCACACCAACCUCAAUUGCCUUUGUCACACCCCGAACAGCCUGCAACAGCAUGGCAAAAUCCACCUUACCCACAACAAGAUCAGCCUCCGAACUGGCAACCGCAGAGUCCGCAGCAAGACCAGAGCCAACCACCACCACAACAAUUACAGCAGCAUCAGCACCAGCAGCAAACUCCGUCACAUCAGCCACCACAGCAGGCGCCGUCACAGCAACCGCAGCAGCAGCAGUUUUGGCAACAGCAUCAACAAGCUCCACAACAACAACAGUCGUCGGCGUGGCAGUCGGCCCCGUAUGCGACGGGCGGGUACGGGCCGGAGAGUUUCCCGUCUGCGCCGCAGAAUCAGUUCCCGGUACAGCAGAAGGUGGUAGAAGAGCCACUUAUUGAUUUGUAG